UAACCCUCCUUUUUCAUAUACUUGGAUUCAAGAAACGGCGAGGCGAGUUAGUGCUCCUUGAAUUACCGGUGAACUUUAAUCGAUAAGCCAUGGAUGAUAUUAGUGACAGAAACGAGAAUGAAAGAUUAAAAAAGGAAACUAAUCAAUUAGCUACAGUGUUGAAAGAAAUGAAGUCGGGCUUAGAUUUAGUGACUGCCAAAGUAAAAGCUUUAACUGCUAAGGUGAAAGCAAAUAGCUUGCCAACCGCGGAUGGGAUAAGUUAUUUGGAAGCCAAACAUCUGUUGCUUCUAAACUAUUGCCAAUCACUUGUGUAUUAUUUACUUCGCAAGGCAAAAGGGUAUUCAAUCGAGGGACAUCCCGUUGUUAGGAGUCUUGUUGAAAUUAGGUUGUUUCUUGAAAAGAUUAGGCCGAUUGAUAAAAAACUUCAAUACCAAAUUCAAAAGCUUACAAGGGUUUGUGGGAGUGCAACACAGCAGCAAUCAGGUCCGAAUGAAGCACCAAAUGGACCUGAGAAGACGGAGGAUCCUUUGAAUUUCCGCCCGAACCCAGAUAUGCUUAUUAGCAAAGCAGAUAUGAUAUCAGAUGAUGGUACUGGUGUUUAUAGACCACCCAAGUUUGCCCCUGCAGUUGUGGAAGAGGAUCAUAAGAUGUCGAGAGAGGAGAGGAAUGCUUUAAGAAGGGAAAAGGAAACUUUGCGAAAAGCUUCUCGGAGUGCUUAUAUUAGGCAAAUGAUGGAUGAUUUAGAAGGAAAGCCUGAAGAGGUUAGAGAAGUUAUUGGAACUGAAAGUAGAGAACUCACUAGAUAUAUGGAAAAGAUAGAAAGGCGUGCACAGCAAGAGGAAGAACUUUUCACUCGUGCUCCUGUUACAAAGAAGGACAAAAAGAUAGAGAAACAUUUGAAGAAGUCAAGAAAUGGGUUGAUUGGUCUGACUGAUAGUUUCUAUGACGAAAUUAAAACUUUACCAUUGGGGGUUGAUGCUAGUGAGCAACCAACAAGCUUCAGUAAUGGUACCAGUGGAAUGGGGAAGAUCAAAAAGCGCAAGAGGAAGCAUUAAUGGCAACAAAUUGGAUGUACAUGUUAAAAGGGACCUGAAGUUAGAAUGACGAUUUUGCAUUUGAGUUCUCUUGAAAGCAUUUUCUAUAAGUUCUGGAUUGCAUUAAAAGUUUAUUAAUUUUCUUUCAACGAUAAGUUAGUUCAUUAGACUGAAAUAUAUAAUAGGAAUGGGAUUUGUUAUGUUUCAGUACUAAAAUCUUCCGUUGCUGCCCGUUUUUGUUGUAUCUUCGGCCACCUUUGGUCCGGCCUACCUCUUAUUCAUUUAUAAUUAACAUAUGCAGGGUUUGAAAUUUUAUCGAACUUAUCAUUUAGAGAUUUUUUUAUUGUGGACU